CGCUAGGCAAUCAAGAUCCAUUAAGUGCAAUAGUGGACUCAUAAGGUACGAAUUAGGUGCAGAUGUGGCAAUAAAUGGGCUGAAUCCAGACUUAUAGUGCAAAUGCAUUUUGUUGUGCGGAAUAAGCGCCGAUAAAUCUGUAACAGCAAUUAGAGGCAACUGAUAAGCAAAUUUUAGGUUAGAAAAGGCCUUAAAAGCGGUGGCGCUACGAGUGCAGCGCACAGUUGUAAGUGGAGCAGCGAAGACAAAGCAAUAGAAAAAAUGCUCUCCAAAAUGCGCCGGCGAACGUUGAUGUUAAUGUUUUGCGUGGCGGCGACGCUGACCUUGGGGUCCUGUAGUCGAGAUAUUUCACCCAAGCCGAAUUUGACGACAGUGGUCCUUUCAGGCAAAUACUUUGGCGACAAUAGCAAUUCCAAUAACAACAACAAUUUUGCUAGCAAUAGACAACAGAUGGUCUUGCCCAUGGUAAUCAACACCUGGAAUUUUACCAAAGCCAACAAAUUGGCCUGGCGCAUCCUUAACCAGACACAAGGAGGACUUCGUCUGACUCGAAACGCAGUAGUCGAGGGAUGCACCAAGUGUGAGAAGAUGCAAUGCGACGGGACUGUUGGUUUCGGUGGUUCGCCUGACGAGCUAGGCGAGACGACGUUGGACGCCAUGAUUAUGGAUGGUAGCAGCAUGAAGGUGGGCGCAGUAGCUGGUCUACGACGCAUUAAAGAUGCUAUACGUGUGGCUCGUAGUGUGCUGGAACAUACACAGCAUACACUCCUGGUCGGUGAUGCAGCCACAGAAUUUGCCAAUGACAUGGGCUUCCGAUCCGAAUCGUUGACCACACCCGAGUCGCGAGCUGUCUGGGAGCUAUGGAAGGCACAAAAUUGUCAACCGAAUUUUUGGUGGAAUGUCUUUCCAGAUCCGAAAAUUUCGUGCGGGCCGUACAAGCCACGGCCAACGCCCAUCACGCGCUGGAAGGAAGAUCGCAUAAGAGCAGAAUACAGCAUUGGCAUUCACAAUCACGACACCAUUGGGAUGAUUGCCAUAGAUGCGGACAGCCAAAUUCAUGCUGGCACAUCGACCAACGGAGCUCGACACAAGAUAGCCGGUCGCGUGGGCGACUCACCGAUUCCCGGUGCGGGCGCAUAUGCAGACAAUGAGGUUGGUGCAGCUGUGGCCACAGGUGAUGGUGAUGUAAUGAUGCGUUUUUUGCCAUCCUUUCUGGCCGUGGAAUCCAUGCGGGCUGGUAAGCCACCGACGGAGGCUGCGGCAUUAGCUAUACGCCGAGUGGUCAAGUACCACAAGGAUUUUUCGGGUGCCGUCAUUGCAGUAAAUCGUUUGGGCCAGUACGCUGCUGCCUGCUAUGGCAUGGCAGAGUUCCCAUUCGUGGUGAGCAACCCGUCAGUGACAGACAAGGCAACUCGUGUAGAGACAGUCAAAUGCAUUUCGUCCAAAACUGAAGUAGAUGUCGUUACGCUCGCCUAGGUGGACAUAGAUAAUGGAACAAAGAAACAUGCGAAUGGUAUUGAUAUGAUACCAAUGAAAUUAAUAAAAGUCUGAACAAAA